CCGCCAAACCUUUCCUUCCCAAAACGCGCUCUCUCUCACUCUCUCUCUCACACAGAAAUGCAAGCUCUGGAGCUUCUCUACACUCCCACUCUCUCCAAAACCCUUUCCAUCCUCUCGCCAAUCCCCAAACCCCUCUCUCCAUCCUUUCUUUCCCCUCCAUUUCUCCGCUCUCUAUCCCUCUCCCUCCCCAAACCCCGCCUUCUUUCCCACUGCGUUUCCCGCUUCCCCAACUCCAGUCAACAAGCAGAAAAGGCAUUCGACAAAGACGAGCUCGAAGAAGUUGGCGACGAAGAAGCUGAUGAAUCCGACGGCGAUGAUUUCUCGGCAAUCGAUGUCGACGCGCUCGAAGAAGAGGCCAGAGACGCGGCUCGCGAGUACUCGAGCUCGUUGUCGCGCGAAUUGAGAAUAGAGGACGAGGCAAGUGAUCGAAGCGAGAGCGGUGGGAAGCGGAGGAGCCGUAAAACUGUAACGACAAAUAUCCCUGACCAUCUUCUUCCGAGAGUUACAAUUGUUGGAAGGCCAAACGUUGGUAAAUCAGCAUUAUUUAAUCGUCUUGUGGGGGGGAACAAGGCAAUUGUGGUGGAUGAACCUGGGGUUACUAGGGAUCGCUUGUAUGGUAGAUCCUUUUGGGGAAUGCAUGAAUUUAUGGUGGUUGAUACUGGAGGUGUUCUCAAUAUUUCAAAGUCACAGUCUGAUGUUAUGGAAGACUUGGCCAUUACAACAACCAUUGGUAUGGAUGGGAUUCCAGUAGCCUUGAGGGAGGCAGCUGUUGCCAGGAUGCCCUCAAUGAUUGAGAAACAAGCUGCUUCGGCCGUGGAGGAAGCAUCUGUCAUAAUAUUCCUGGUUGAUGGACAGGCAGGUUUGACAGCAGCUGAUGAGGAAAUUGCAGACUGGCUAUGGAAGAAUUACUCAAAUAAGUGUGUUGUUCUUGCUGUUAACAAGUGUGAGUCUCCACGUAAAGGAAUCAUGCAAGCGUCAGAAUUUUGGUCCAUGGGGUUUUCACCACUCCCAAUAUCUGCUAUAUCUGGGACUGGAACCGGAGAACUUCUUGAUCUUGUUUGUUCAGGACUGAAAAAAAUUGAGGGUCCAGAGAAUCUUGAAGAAGAAGAAGAUUAUGUUCCUGCAAUUUCCAUUGUUGGCCGACCGAAUGUUGGUAAAAGUAGCAUCUUGAAUGCAAUGGUUGGAGAGGAUAGAACAAUUGUUAGCCCAAUCAGUGGUACCACUCGUGAUGCAAUUGAUACUGAAUUUACUGGACCAGGUGGCCAGAAGUUCCGGCUUAUUGAUACUGCUGGAAUCAGAAGAAGGGCAGUUGUAGCUUCAUCAGGUAGUUUGACGGAGGCUUUAUCUGUGAAUCGAGCAUUUCGUGCCAUACGUCGUUCUGAUGUUGUUGCUCUUGUCAUUGAGGCCUUGGCUUGUAUCACAGAACAGGAUUGCAGGAUUGCUGAAAGGAUUGAAGAAGAAGGGAAGGGGUGCCUGAUAGUCGUAAACAAAUGGGAUACCAUACCAAAUAAAAAUCAGCAGACUGCAACAUACUACGAGCAAGAUGUUAGAGAGAAGCUUCGUAUUCUUGAUUGGGCACCUAUUGUUUAUACAACUGCAACAGCUGGCGAAAGUGUUGAAAAGAUCAUUGUUGCUGCUAGUACAGUUGAAAAGGAGAGGUCAAGAAGACUUGGUACUUCCAUAUUAAAUCAAGUGGUACAAGAAGCUCUAGCUUUUAAAUCACCUCCAAGGACCCGAGGUGGCAAGAGAGGGCGUGUUUAUUACUGCACUCAGGCUGCCAUAAGGCCCCCCACAUUCGUUUUCUUUGUUAACGAUGCAAAACUUUUCCCUGAGACUUACCGGCGCUAUAUGGAGAAGCAACUGCGUAUAGAUGCAGGGUUUUAUGGUACUCCAAUUCGGCUUCUCUGGCGCAGCAGAAGAAAAAUGGAAAAAGACGAAGGUCAGUAG